AUGAGCGAGGUUACGGAAAGCCACACAACCACAACGACCACGACGGCGGGAGAGCAAACGGAGACGGUCGUGACGACUACGACAACCACCACAACCACCACUACGACCGAAGAGACAACGUCCGCGUUGGCAGACGCAAUGGACAAGCUCUCGUUCAUCCCGGAGUUCGGUGGCCAGGGUAUCUCCUACUGGACCGAGCUGCAACGGCUCUACACCGCGUCUGAAACCAGCAGUACGCGCGUAUUCAUCGAUAACGCGGCUCAGGCGCUGCUGGAGGAGUCCAGCUCGGAUGAGGCCAAGGCCUCCGUCGCCUUCGAGGCGGUCAUUGAUGUGCACAGCUGGCUGCAGACUCUGGAGGCCGGCGACGCCCCCCCCGGCUUGGCACUGGACCGCGUCUUCUUCAGCAUGCCUCUGCUUGCGUUGACGCAGUGCGCUAACUAUCUUAACUUCCUUGAGACCGCGGGCGUGACCCACGAAAGCGUGGUAAAGAACUCCGCCACUGCUGUGGGUCACAGCCAGGGUGUGGUGAGCGCUGUCAUCUUCUCGGCGGCCAAAACGGCCCAAGAGUUUGCCGAGAUCGGCGUCUCCGUGCUGCGCUACAUGUUCUGGCAGGGACUGCGCGCGCAGGAGACGUACCAGCACCUGCUGACGCAAUACAAGCAGGAUGGCAAGAACGUCGAGGACGCCGGUCCGAUGCUGGCCGUACGUGGGCUCAAGAAGGAGCACGUUCUCAAGUCCAUCGAGGUCGCCAAGCGCCGCACCAAAUCACCCGACCUACAUCUCUCUCUUAUCAACGCAUCCGACAUGAUGAACGUGACGGGCUUCCCAGCAACGCUAACACUGCUGAAGCAAGCCCUUGAGGGUCUGUUCGCCAAGCCGGACGUUAACCAGACCCGCAUCCCUCACUCACAGCGGAAACCCACGGGUUCGCUGUCAUUCUUGCCGCUCUCGGCUCCAUUCCACACACCACUGCUGACCGAGGCCAAGCCAAAGCUGGUGCAGGACGUGCAACGAGUCAAGUGCGUGAUUAAGGGCAGUCAACUGCAGGUGCCCGUGUAUGCUACCAACGCGAAAGCCACCAACCUCCAGACGGUGGACGACGUGGUCGAUGAACUUAUUAACAUGCAGCUACUGGAGCUGGUGGACUGGACGGCGACGUGGGCAAAGAUAGCUGAGCACCACUCGAGCGCCACGCACAUUCUGGAGUUCGGCCCCGAUCUUGGCGUAGCCAAGCUGAGCGACAAGGCUGCAGAAGGCCUGGGCAUCGAAUUGGUCAUCGCGACUGCCAAGCACCCGGUUAUGAGCUCCUCGACGACGUCUGCUCCCCUUGUCGGUCUGCAGCAGUUCAUCGAUGCUGCACCGACGUUCACGUCCGUUGAGGCUACGUGGGUGGAGAAGUUUGGCCCGCAAGUGACCGAAUCGGGCAAGCUGGUCAACAGAUUCACGCGCGCGCUGAACAAGCCGCCUAUUAUGGUGGCCGGUAUGACGCCGACCACCAGUUUAGAGGGCAUCGACCUUGUUGCGGCCAUCCAGAAUGCUGGUUUCCACGGUGAACUGGCUGCGGGUGGCCUGGCGCGUCCCAACAUCUUCGAGGACGCAGUGAACGAGCUCGUGUCAAAGAUCAAACCCGGUCUCGGUAUUGCGAUUAACAUGCUGUACCUGAACGCGAAGCAGUGGGGCUUCCAGUUCCCGAUGGUGCUACGUAUGCGUCGCAGCGGUGUGCCUAUCGAGAGUAUCACUAUCGGUGCCGGCAUUCCGACCAAAGAGCGUGCGCUUGAGAUGAUGUCGCAGCUGGAGGAUGUGGGUAUCAAGGUGGUUUGCUUAAAGCCUGGUUCUGUAGACGGCAUCCACGCUGUGCUGGAGAUUGCUGAGGCCAUGCCGAGUAUGACUGUGAUGCUGCAGUGGACAGGCGGUCGUGCUGGUGGCCACCACAGCUUCGAGGACUUCCACCAGCCGAUGGAGGAGACGUACGCGGCCAUCCGUCGUGUGUCGAACGUGCUGCUGGUUGUCGGCUCUGGUUUCGGUAACUGGGAGGACUCGAAACAGUACCUCACGGGCGAAUGGAGUCUGGCUCGCGGCCACCUGUUCAAGAUGCCGGCAGACGGUAUCCUCAUGGGCUCGCGCGUGAUGGUUGCGAAGGAAGCUGCGACUGCACCAGAGGUCAAGAAGCUGCUGGUGGACACACCUGGCAUCGAAUCGGAGCUGGAGUGGGAAACGAGCUACACGGGCGAGAUUGGCGGUGUGAUCACGGUCACGUCGGAGCUGGGCGAGCCCAUCCACGUCGUGGCGAACCGCUGUACUCUGCUAUGGAAGGAGUUCGACGACAAGUACUUCUCCAUCCCGCGCGACCAGGUUGAGCUGGCCCUCCGUCUGAACAAGAAGGACAUCGUCACGCGUCUGAACGCCGACUACCAGAAGCCGUACUUCGGCUGCAAGCGCAAUGUGGAGACCGGCGAGAGUGUUCCCGCUGAUCUGGAGGAGAUGUCGUAUGGUGACGUGUUGACGCGUAUGAUCGACCUGAUGUACGUGGAGGUGGAAGGCAAGCCCCAUCGCUGGGUGCAUGACACCUUCUUCUCUCGUGUGAGCAAGUUCAUCACGCGUACGGAGGAGCGGUUCCGUCGUGAAAGUUCUGGUGACCUGUUCGACCAGUCAGAGCUCAAGACGAACCCGAGAGGAACGGUGACGGCAUUUAUCACCAAGUAUCCCCAGACGGUGUCAACUCUGCUGUCAGUUCCGGACUGUGACUUCUUCCUGGAUCUGUGCCGCACUGGUGGCAAGCCCGUGAACUUUGUGCCUGCGAUCGACACGGAGUUCAAGACAUGGUUCAAGAAGGACUCGCUGUGGUACUCAGAGGACUUGGACGCCGUUCCGGAACGUGAUGCCCAGCGUGUCUUCAUCCUUCAAGGCCCCGUGGCCGUUCGCUACAGUACCGUCGUGGACGAACCCGUGGCGGAUAUCCUAAAUGGCAUUGCCACCGGUUUUGAAAACAUUGUGAAGGAAAGCGGCGCGGUUGCUGCUGCCACGGCUGCUUCUGCUAAGCAGACGGUGAACUUCGCUAACGUCGAGGUCACGGAGAGCGAAGGCCGCGUAGAACUGUCAAUCUCCGAGGAGGAAAGCACUGUGCCUUCUGCUGACGAGUGGCUGGCUUCUCUUGCCGCGUCCGUGAGCGACAAAGAGUGGCUGAACGCGCUGAUCUCGUCGACACACGUCGUAGAGGAGAAGAAGUGGCUCGCGAACCCGGUCCGUCAGCUUCUUGUGCCCCAGGCUGGCCAGAAGUACGUGGUUGAUGCUGCUGGUAUUCGUGUAUUCGACAACUCGAUCGACAUUUCGGGACCUGUGGUCGAGAUCACCAAGAAGGAUGCCAGCAUCUCAGUUGUUGUGAAUGAAGUGCGUCCGGCCGUGACUGGCCUGAAGGCUGGUGUCGUGGCGCUGGAGAUGGCUUUCCAGUACCACCCGGAGCUAUCCUGCUCCAUCCAUGCGGAAGGCAGCGGCUUCAUCGAUAAGGUUAAGGCGUUCUACGCUUGCUUCUGGGUGGCGAUUGAGGACAAGGAAGAGGAGUCGUGCAAGGCUGCAUGCGAGGAGAGCGUCAUGUCUCCUUUCACUGCUGAGUUCUCCAUUACGAAGAAGGACGUUGUUGACUACCGUGCUGCUCUGGGCCUGAGUGACGACGAAGAAGGCGCUCCGGCUGACUUCUCGACGAUCGUGUCGUGGCGUCCGCUGAUCCAGUCGGUGUUCACUAAGGAGGUGAAGGGCAACCUGCUAGAUCUGGUGCAUCUGAAGCACUCGUACAAGCUGCUGUCGUCGCGCAAGGCUUCGGCCACGUUCCUGCCUGGCGACGAUAUCGUGAGCACGUCGAACGUCGGCAGUCUGCGCAUCAUCGACAGCGGCAAGAUCGUGCACGGCGUGGCUAUCAUUUCUCGCAAAACGGUGGACGAUCAGAUGGUGGAGGUGCUUGAGCCUCUCGUGGAGCUGCACAGCGAGUUCCUGAUCCGCGGCACAUUUGAUGACUUCGAGUCGACGUUUUCAAUCGACAAGUCGGCGGACGCGUUCGUGCCCAAGCGCCAAGAGGACGUGGAGAUCCUGAAGACAAAGUCGUGGCUGAAGCUAGUAGCUGACGCCUCAGUGAACAUCGGCGACCACCUGUCGUUCGAGCUUACGACCAAGAAGCAGUACGCAUCGAUCGGUUCGUUGAGUUCUGUGGAGGUGUCGGGUACGCUGUUCCGUGACGAAGCGGGCUCGAAUGUGGAGCUGGCCACGGUCGAGUUCAAGAGCAAUGACGCGAACGAGAGUCCUGUUGUGGCCUUCUUGCGCCAGGUACUGCCUGAGGAUGGCAAGGCCAGCGGCAUGUUCUCGAACGGUGGCUCACACAUGCUGGAGAAGCCGCUGGAGAUCAAGGUCCCGACGAGCGCUUUGGCGUACGCCGUGGCAUCUCGCGACCUGAACCCGAUUCAUCGCUCCAAGUACGCGGCGAUACUGGGCCACCUGCCCAAGGGCAAGCCGAUCAUGCAUGGUCUGUGGACGGCGACCAAGGUGCGCGAUCUGGUGAUCCAGAACUUCGGUCUAGGUUUCGACAGCAACGUGGUCGACUACGACGUCAACUUCGACGGCAUGGUGUACCCGGGCGACAAGCUGUUCAUGCAGGCUCGUCACAUUGGCCUCGACAAUGGCAAGAAGGUGCUGUCUGCUGAGGUUGUGAACGGCUCCGGUGAGCGCGUCGUGAGCGCGCGCGCUGUCGUCAAGCAGGCGCCGAUGGCAUUUGUCUUCACUGGCCAGGGCUCUGCUGCUGUGGGUAUGGGUAUGGACCGCUACCAGGAGUCCUCGGUCGCUCGUGACAUUUGGAACCGUGGUGACACUCACCUGCGCAAGACUUUCGGCUUUUCUAUCCUGGACAUGGUGCGUAAGAACCCCAAGGCCAUCAUGGUGCACUUCGGCGGUAAGAAGGGCCGCAAGAUCCGCGAAAAGUACAUGAGCUUGACUUGCGAGGACCCCGUGACUGGCGAGAUCGCGCCUUUGCUGCCGGAGAUUAACGCUCGUACGCAGAGCUUCAGCUUCUCAGCUCCCGAGGGUCUGCUGUUCGCGACCCAGUUCAGUCAGCCCGCAUUAGUGUUGUUGGAGAAGGCUAUGUUCUCUGAGAUUGAGGCGGCUCAGCUGAUUCCGGAUGACGCUCACUUCGCUGGACACUCUCUCGGUGAGUACGCCGGUUUGAGCUCGUUUGCUGGAGCUCUGGCUGUCGAGGACGUGGUGGAAGUUGUGUUCCUACGUGGCUUGAUCAUGCAAAAGGCUGUGAAGCGCGACGCUGAGGGACGUUCCGACUACGGUAUGGUGGCCACGAACCCCACGCGCGUUGGUCCUCACCUCACGGAAGAGGUGAUGCACAAGAUCGUGGACGGCGUUGAAGCUGCUUCGGGUAAGCUGUUGCAGGUUGUGAACUUUAACAUUCAGCAGCGCCAGUACGUCGUGGCUGGUGAGAACGUAAACUUGGAGACCCUGUCGCUGGCGCUGUCUGCUUUAAAGACGCUGAAGUUGACUGCUGCUGAGGACAUAGAGAAGGUUAUUGCCGACUCAUUGGCUCAGGCUCGCGCUCGCAAAGAGAAGUGCGAGCAGACUGGACGCCCGUUUACGCUUGCGCGCGGCCAGGCGACAAUCCCGCUGGUCGGCAUCGACGUGCCGUUCCACUCGCGUGAGCUGCUUGGCGGCGUGCCGUCGUUCCGUGCGCUGCUGCGUACCAAGUUCGACCCGCAAGUGCUGGAGCGCCAGCUGCCGCUCCUGGUGAACCGCUACAUCCCGAACCUGGUGGCUACUCCGUUCUCGCUCAAGCGUUCGUACUUUGAGGAGGUCUACGCUGCGACCAAGAGUCCGUAUCUAGAGGAGGUUCUGGACCCGAUGCAGUGGAAGUUGACGUCGAAGGCUCAGCUCGCGCACUUGCUUGUGGUGGAGCUGUUGGCGUACCAAUUCGCAUCCCCCGUCCAGUGGAUCAAGACGCAGGCGCUGCUGUUCUCGGAGGGCGGUGUUCGUCGCUUUGUGGAGAUUGGCCCUGCUCCGACGUUGACGAACAUGGCACUGCGUACUCUCCAGGUUGGCGACUUCCCAGACGUGUCGCGUGAGAUUCUAUGGUACCAGCGUGACCGUGAGGUUGUUCACUUCGAGGAGGAGACGUCCAACAUUUCUGCUUCCGAAUACGCCCGUGGUCUGGCUGCCGAGACUGCUGCUGAAGCUGCUGCCGCCGCUGCGAAGGUUGCAGCCGAGUCUGCUCCGAAGGUUGAGGAGGCCCCGGCUCCGGCCGCAUCGGCACCGGUUGCUGCACCCGUCCAGGUGCAAGCUGCUCCUGCUCCUGCUCCCGCCGCUGCUGCUCCUGCGGCUGCCGACGCUCCGGUGUCCGCUCUCCACGUCCUGCGUAUUCUUCUCGCUGUUCGUCUGAACAAGGAGCUGGCUGAAAUCAAGGAAGACACGGACGUCAAGACGCUGUGUGCUGGUAAGUCUGCUGUGCAAAACGAGAUCCUGGGGGACCUCGAGAAGGAGUUCGGCGGCGGUGUUCCUGAGGGUGCUGGCGAGGUGCCGCUGAAGGAGCUGGCAUCCAAGUUCUCUGGCUACAACACGCUUGGCAAGGUGACGAAUGGUCUCGUCAACAAGGUGGUGGCGAGCAAGAUGCCUGGUGGCUUCACGAUGUCGAGUAUCAAGGAGUACCUGGGCUCUGAGAAGGGUCUGGGUGCUGGACGCAUGGAGAGCGUGUUGGCUCACUCUCUGCUGUUGGCCCCGCAGACUCGUUUCAAGGGCGACGCGGACGCGCGCAAGUGGCUGGACGAGAGUGUGAGCGGCUACGCUUCAUUCGCUGGCGUCUCGCUUGACCGUCCGACGAUGGCUGCUACGCCCGGUGCAGUGGGCAUGUCGUUCAACCCUGCUCCAGUGUCGAUCCCGACGGUGACUGACAAGCCGGUGGAGGCCAAGCAUGCUCUGCUGGUCAUGCUGGCGGCCAAGUUCGGCAAGGCUUUCAGCGAGGUUCCGGAAACUGCGACCAUCAAGGAGCUGUCUGCUGGCAAGUCAGCCGUGCAGAACGAGAUUGUUGGCGACUUGGAGAAGGAGUUCGGCUCUGGUCCGGAUGAUGCAGCGGAGAUGAAACUGGCUGAGCUGGCCGGCAAGUUCCCCGACUACGCGUCGCCGGGCAAGGUGACGAGCGCUCUGAUUGCUAAGAUGCUGGCGAGCAAGAUGCCUGGUGGUUUCGGUCUGUCUGCCAUCAAGGAAUACUUGUCUAGUGAACGCUGCCUGCCGAGCAGCCGCAUUGAAAGUGUGCUACUUCACGGUCUUACGCAGAACCCGAAGGCGCGUCUGACUGAUGACGCGACAGCGAAGCAGUGGCUGGACGGCGUCGUGGAUGAUUACGCUAAGUACGCUGGCAUUGAUAUCCCGUAUCUGUCGAAGCUGGGAGGCAUAAUGGCUGGUCCGGCGAUGGGCCAGCCGGUGAUGCAGUCGAGCUCGCUGCCCAGCGACUUCGAAAAGCGCUUAAAGACCAUGAUCGCGGACCAGAUCGACGCGCUCAACUCGUACUUGGGCGAGGACCAGCUGGACUGGCACCGUAAGAUCGAGACGGAGGUGGGCAUGCGUGAGGAGAUGGAGACGUCCGUGUCACAGUGGGUGACGGAGCAUGGAGAGUUCUACGGCGCAGGUAUUGCCAGCAAGUUUGACGCCAAGAAGGAGCGCCAGUACGACAGCUACUGGAACUGGGCUGUGCAGGACGCCAUGGAGCUAUACUACCGUACUGCAGCUGCUGCCAAGGGCACGCCCGUGAGCUCGAAGCUGGCUGUGAACGAAGGCCUGAGUACGCACUUUGAAGCUAUGAGCCGCUUUAUCAACAAGAAUGUGGACACCAUUACGGAUGAGUCGGCCCUUCCGCCGCUCGAGUGGUUCAAGCCGUACCUGUGCAACCGUGCCACGCCUGAGCUGCUGCAGUGCACGCAGUUCUUCGUGUCGCGCGCUGAGGAAGAAAGUAGUCCCGAGCUCGCCCAGGCGGUUCAACUGCUGGUCGAACAGGUGGAAGAGUGGCUGAGCACGAACCCCGUGAACAUGCAGAUCUUCAAGCCAAAGCAGCCGCAGCUUCGUAUUCUCGAAAACGGCAAGCUCGAGUACGAUGAGGUGCCUCGCGAAGGUGUGGCUGACUCCAUCAACUACGUUGACGAGGUUGCUCGCGGUCUCGAGUAUAACGACGCUAUCGAGACUGGCAAGGUUGCUGGAUCAGACGUCACGGCAGGAAUGACCAGUGCCGUCGGAUUUGAGUCGACUCUAAACGACAACGGCAGCAUGAGCAGUGACGAGCCUGACAGCGAUGACGACGACGAAUUUGAGGAGGAGGAAGCUGCAUUGGGUGACAAGCAGACCAGUAAGACCAAGAAGGUCGCUCCUGCCAAGGGUGCCAAGCUCAACGCCUUGCGUGACUCUCUGCGUAAGCGCGCCAAGCGUGAGUCGGAGAAGUCGCUUGUGGCUCGUUCGUCCUCGCUGCGCUUCGGCUUGAACGAGAAUCUCAAGCAGAUUGUUCUGCCGCACGUGCACGUCCGUAAGCCGUCCGACGUGGACCCGACCAUCCGCCUGUAUGACGUUGAGUCGACCUGUGUGCUACUAUCGUGCAUGCGCGAGAUGGCCUCGACGGGUAUCUCGUUCGCUGGUAAGGUGGCGUUGCUGACUGGUUGCGGUAAGAACUCCAUUGGAGCUGAGAUCGUCAAGGCGCUUCUGGAGGGUGGUGCUACGGUGUUCGUGACCACGAGCAGCUUCAGUAUGAAGACGACCGGCCUGUUCCGUGAGAUCUACGAGCAGCACGGUAGCCGUGGUAGCCGUCUCAUCGUACUACCGUUCAACCAGGCAUCUAAGGUGGACGUGCAAAGCCUGGUGGCACAUAUUUACAAUGUGCACAAGCUGGAUCUGGACUUUGUGAUUCCGUUUGCGGCUCUGUCAGAGGUUGGACGUACGAUCACGGACAUUGACUCGCGUUCGGAGCUGGCACACCGCAUCAUGCUGACGAACACGGUGCGUCUUCUGGGUGAGGUUGUGACUGCUAAAAAGGCUCGUGAUAUUACUACUCGUCCAGCUCUCGUGAUCCUACCCAUGUCGCCGAACCACGGCAACUUCGGUGGAGACGGUUUGUACGCCGAGUCGAAGCUGGGUGUGGAGAGUCUCAUGAACAAGUGGUAUUCGGAGGGCUGGGAUGAUCAGCUUUCGAUCGUCGGCGCCAUUAUCGGCUGGACGCGUGGCACGGGCCUCAUGUCGGGCAACAACGUGGUUGCUGCCGGUGUCGAGAAGAUGGGAAUGCGUACGUUCAGUACGACGGAAAUGGGCUUCAACCUGAGCGCUCUGAUGCACCCGAGCAUUGUUGACCGUGCUGCUGAGUCGCCUAUCUUCGCGGACCUCACCGGUGGCAUGGCUCAGGUGAGCGACCUCAAGGACCAGGUGGAUUCUAUCCGAGCCGAUAUCAUGAAGAAGUCGAAGCUGCAGGCUUCUAUUCAUGCUGCACUGGAGAGCGACAAGAAGCUGCUGGCUUUACCUUCGAAGAAGCAGGUGGCCACUCCCAGCUCGAAGACGUUUGCUCCUCGCGCCAACAUGUCAAGCUACUACUGCAACUCGUUCCCGAAGCUGUCGGGUGUGGCUGGUCUGUCUGCCUCGAAGAAGCAGGCACUGUUGCGUGGUAUGCUGGACCUGCGUCAGGUUGUGGUCGUCACGGGUUUUGGUGAAGUGAGUCCGUGGGGUAACUCGCGCACGCGUUGGGAGAUGGAGUCGUACGGCGAGUUCUCACUGGAAGGUUGCAUCGAGCUGGCGUGGUUGACCGGCCGCGUCGUGUUCGACAAGGGCAACUGGGUGGACGCAAAGACGAAGGAGAUCGUACCGGACCACCAGGUGAAGCCUCGGUACGAGGAGGACAUCCUGAAGCACUCGGGUAUCCGUAUCGUGGAGCCUGAGCUGUUCGAUGGCUACGACCCGAAGAACAAGAUGGUGCUGCACCAGGUGGCCAUCGACAAGAAGAUGUCGCCCAUUGAGGUGGCUGACCGUGAGGAAGCUCUGCAGUUCCGCAAGGAGCUGGGUAAGGAGAACGUGGACAUCUUCCAGAAUGCGUCGGGCGCGUGGAUGAUUCGUCUGCGCAAGGGAUCUGUCCUGAACAUUCCCCGUGCUCUCAACUUCGACCGCUUUGUGGCUGGUCAGAUCCCGACUGGCUGGAGUGCUGAGCGUCUGGGUCUGUCGAAGGACCUGGCCGAGUCGGUGGACCCGAUCACGCUGUAUGUGCUUGCGGCCACAAUGGAUACGCUCGUCGCGGCUGGUGUGACGGACCCGUACGAGUUCUACCAGUACGUUCACGUGUCGGAAGUCGGCAACACGUCAGGUGGUGGUAUGGGAGGCAUGCGUGCGUUCACGCAGAUCUACAAGAACCGUGUGCUGGGCAAGCCUGCCCCGAGUGACGCCCUGCAGGAAUGCUUCAUCAACACGCCUCCUGCUUGGGUGAACAUGCUGCUGCUGAGCUCGUCCGGUCCUAUUAAGACCCCCGUUGGUGCUUGUGCCACGGCUGCUGAGUCGGUGGACAUUGGUACGGAGACGAUCAAGAGUGGCAAAGCUCGCAUCUGCAUCGUUGGUGGCUACGACGACUUUGGUGAGGAGGGUGCUUACGAGUUCGCUCAGAUGAAGGCUACUAGUGACUCUGUCAAGGAAACCGGCAUGGGCCGUGAGCCCAAGGAAAUGUGCCGUCCGUGCUCGACCACGCGUGGUGGCUUCAUGGAGAGUCAUGGUGCGGGUAUGCAGCUGCUGAUGGACGCUCAACUUGCUUUGGAAAUGGGCUUGCCGAUCUAUGGUAUCGUCGCGCUCACCAACACGGCAACGGACAAGAAUGGACGAUCCGUGCCGGCUCCUGGCCAGGGCAUUCUGACGACGGCCCGUGAGACUUCGUCGGACAACUCGAAGCCGUCACCGCUGCUGGACGUGGAAUUCCGUCGCCGCCAGUUCGACGACGAACUCGAAAGUAUCGAGAAGUGGUACGCUCGCGAGGAGGCUUUGAUCGACGGCGACGAGUCUCGUGUGGCGUUCCUGGAUGAGAUGAAGGUGCGUAAGGUGCAGUCUGCGCAGUCAAUGUGGGGCGACAACUUCUUUUAUGGCCGUACGGAUAUCGCUCCUAUUCGUGGUGCGCUGAACGUGUGGAAUCUGGACAUCGACGAUGUCGGUGCUGCUAGCUUCCACGGUACGGGCACCACGGCCAACGACAAGAACGAAAGCGAGGUGACGCACAAGCAGAUGGCUCACUUAGGCCGUUCUCCGGGUAACCCACUGCCUGUCAUCUGCCAAAAGAACCUGACGGGCCACCCCAAGGGUGCCGCUGCUGCUUGGAUGCUCAACGGAUUGCUGCAGGUGCUCAAUUCGGGCUUGAUCCCAGGCAACCGUCAGCUGGACAACACGUGCGAGACCCUGCGCAAGUACGACCAGCUCGUGUACCCGAACCGUAGCUUCCAGACCGUGGGCGUCAAGGCCGUAAUGAUGAAGAGUUUCGGCUUCGGUCAGGCCGGUGGUGAAGUGCUGUUGGUGCACCCGGACUUUUUGCUGUCUACGUUGCCUGCUGACGAGUUCCAGCACUACUCGGCUCUCCGCGAACAGCGUCUGAUCAAGAUGAACACGCACACACAGAGCGUGAUCACCGGCAAGCAUCCGCAUAUUCAGGUGAAGAACGAGGCGCCGUAUUCGUCGGCGCAGGAAAGCAACGUGUAUCUGGACCCUACGGCUCGUGCCGAGUACGACGCGACGUCCAAGACGUGGCGUUUUGGAGGCGCGGACUCUUUGACUGCGGAGGAGAACCGCCGUCUGCGUGCUGAGAAGCGCGCGAACAAGGCGAAGGCUGCCGCGGAAGCGGCGUCGUCGAACAAGAAGAUCUCGGACGCGCACCAGGCUGACUCGUCCUCGACGCUGUUGACUGCCAUCAACCAAGCGGCGACGGACCUGGGCCUGGCGUCCAAGAACAUGGGCAUGGGCGUCGAUGUGGAGCCCGUGGCCACGUUUGAGAACUUGAACGGUCGUGAGGACUUCAUCCGCCGCAACUUUACGGACCAGGAGAUGGCGUACUGCUACAGCGCGCCUCACCCGGCCGCGAGCUUCGCCGGUCGCUGGGCUGCCAAGGAGGCUGUGAUUAAGGCCAUUUCCAGCUCGGCACCGACUGAGCCGAACCUGUGGAAGGGUGCUGGCGCUCCACUCCGUGAGAUCGAGAUCUUCAUGACGGCUUCGGGCGCACCGUCGGUGCUGCUGUCUGGCUACCCGCUGCAGGUUUUCAACCGCUUGGGCUUGUCGAAGCUGAGCGUGUCCAUCAGCCACUCGGGCGACUUCGCUGUGUCCCAGGCUGUGGCUAACUUCCAGCAGGAGUAAGUGCUCGUGAAGUCUCUAUAGUUUUGCAUAUUACACAGUGCGUACUUCAUGCUGUACAUUUGAGUUAAUGAACUUCAGUGAAUAC